UCAACAUUGAAUCCACAAGUCGGAGGCAACAAUUCGAAUAAUGUAACCGCUGCAUUGAGCAAAUUUAGUAAGGUCCUUGGUACGGAUUAUUUCAAGCAAUUGGUUAUUGAACUAAUAUGUGAUGACUCUAUCACCAUUGCAGAGGCUCGCAGAUUGCAUGAUGAACUCGAGGAAAACGAUUUGUUCCGUGCUGUUCGAUGA